AUGGACUACGCAAAGGGGACGGCGGUGGCGGGCCUCUGCGACGACCUGAUGGUGGAUAUCCUCUCUCGCUUGCGCGUCAAGGACCUCCGCCGUUCCACGUGCGUGUCCAAACCCUGGCGCGACCUCAUCGCCGACCCCCUCCACCGCAAGAAGCUGCCCCAGACCCUGGAAGGCUUCUUCCACGAUGGCGCUGAUGGGCACAGCUAUGUGCACUUCACCAGCCUGUCGGGGAGAGGAGAAUCUGCUCCUCCAGUCGACCCUUCCUUCUCCUUCCUCACGGCGAAGCUGCCUUGGGUCGAGCGCAUGGUCCUCUUGGAUUCCUGCAAUGGGCUCCUGCUCUUUGGGUGCACCCGGGAGAACAAGUUCGGGUACAUCGUGUGCAACCCUGCGACCGAGGAAUUGGUGACUAUGCCCGCCAGCUCUGGUUCUUGUCCACCUCCUUCGCUUACUCCACUGGAAGACAGAACUGUCGAUGUCUGUGAUGGGGAUACAUAUGCACACACCUAUCUGAUGUUUGACCCGAUUGUCUCCUCGCGCUUCCACUUGGUCCAGUUCUGGCAGGAUAGGUCGAUGUUUGAGGUGAAAACGGUGCACUCUUACUCGUCUGAAACCAGGGCAUGGAGUGACACGUCGAACAAGUGGGAGCCAGGUGAAGAGCGCGGUGGAUGGGGGGUACUGCGGGGUCAUGGUGAAGCCAUAAUCGAAUUCACACGCGGCAGGGCUUUGGUCGAUGGUCUGUUGCUUUUUAUUGAAGCUGUUCUCCUUUUCAUGCGCGGCAGGGCUUUGGUCAAUGGUCUAUUGCAUUUUGUUGCCUACCAUUAUGAGGAAGAGGAGAAUCUGAUAGUUGCGGUGGAUGGGGAAGGGACAAUUUGUAGGAUCAUUUGCCCACCUGUUAAGCAUGUUGAUGCCAUUGCUUUUAUUGGUCAAUCCCAAGGCCAUCUGCACUGCAUCAGUACGAAUCUGCAAUCACAAGACUUCAAGUUCCAUUUCACGCAACUGUCAGUUUGGGUUCUUGAGGACUAUGAUACAGAAGAAUGGAUCCUGAAGCACAAUGUGAGCUUUUCGCAGCUCUUUGGAUCACUGAGUUGCCCAAUCGACAACCACGAUAUUGUGGUCAUUCAUCCGGACCACAAUUCGAUAAUCCUUGUUCAGCACUGGAACCAGAAACUGGUGUCAUAUGACAUGGAUAGUAAGGAGCUGCGUGCUCUCUGCACUCUAGGAAAGGGAUAUCGGUCUAUUUCCCCGUAUGUUCCAUAUUUCAUGGAGUCACUGGUUCUUGCCACCAAGGACUGA